CCCCUGUCCAUCACUGCAUUUCAUCAUACUUUCCUGUGUAAAAUACUGUUAAACAGUCCAACUCCAUAACCAUCUUUAAACUUCAAAGAGUCAAACAGGAAGUUCUGAUAAAUGAGGUCAACUCUUCUGCUGGCUUGUUUCGUGGGAUUAUGGACUACUGUAAACUCACUAAAGAUCUGCGCCUUCAACAUACAGAGCUAUGGUGAGGCAAAGGCCAGCAACAAGCGGGUUAUGGAGAUUUUGAUCAAGAUUAUUUCACGAUGUGAUCUGAGUUUGAUUCAGGAGGUUCGAGAUUCUAGAGGUAAAGCCAUAUCUGCGCUGUUGAUGAACUUAAACAGGUAUGACACAUCUCACAUUUACACCCAUCUGGAAAGCAAACGAAUGGGGAAGACAACAUAUAAAGAGCAGUAUUUGUACAUUUACAGAAAAGAUAUGCUACAGGUGCAAGAGCAAUACCAGCACCUUAAAUUAAAUGAUGCAGUGGCCGAAUCACAGGUGUUCUCCAGAGAGCCGUUCAUCAUCCGGAUCCAUUCUCCCACAACCUUGAUUAAGAACUUUGUCCUCAUUGGUCAACAUACUUGUCCUAAGAAAGCCAUGACAGAAAUGGAGGGGUUGUACGAGGUCUUCCAAACAGUCAGAAAGAAAUGGAAAACUGAGAAUGUGAUGUUUCUGGGAGAUCUAAAUGCUGCUUGCAGCUACACUACUAAUAAAGGACUGAGAAACGUCCAUCUCAGGAGUGACCCAAAGUUUCAUUGGCUGAUCCGAGAUGAGCAGGACACCACAGUUCGAGAAAAAACACACUGUGCUUAUGACAGGAUUAUUAUUCAUGGCAAAGAACUCAUUUCUGGAAUAGUUCCAGGAUCUGCCCAGCCGUUCAACUUCAAACAAGAGUUUGGUCUAUCAGAAGAAGAGGCUUUGGAAGUCAGUGACCAUUAUCCUGUAGAGGUUGAUUUAAAACCGAACCAUCGCUACCAUCUGCGGCAUGAGCUGUGAAAAUAUGCGAAUCCUGCUAAACAAAAAUACAUGCAUCUGUUUUCCACAUUAUGAUACCUUUACUCACCAGAACUCAUAGUUAAAACCCCAAACUCAGAUAUAAUGUUUACCAGUAUGUUGCCCUGCAAUAAAACACUAAAAGUGAUGCCUCGUGUAACGGAGGCCAGCGAGAGAGAAACCUCACUCCCCGACCAACAGACACGCUAUAGCGACAGACGCUAGAGGCUGCGGUCUUUAGCCGAGUAGGACCGGUUAAACUCUCAUGUACAGUUGUGUUUAUUGGUAGCAUGGAAUGUGAUCUCAUAAGUGAUCAAGUGAAAUGCAAUAUACGAAUAUUUCAUGUAGUACAUUUAUAGUGAAAAGUGAUGAAUGUAUUUAUUUUUUAACGCAUCUUGAAAUGCAUUAUGGGAUUGCUUGUUUUGCACAACAGACACAUCCAUUGGUGCAUCAAGAAGGUACUUUUUAAUAACAUACUUCAUACACAUUUGUCAGUUGCGUGGCUACGAUGGCUUGAAAUGCUGCCUUCAUUCAUAGCUUCUAGAUUUGGAGCAGAGCAAUAGUCAGCGGUAUUAGUGCCAUGGAGAGAAUAUAAACAGAGAAACCAAAGUCAUUAAUAACAACACAGGCUCUCGUCAUAUACAUUGUUACACAACAACAGGAAGAAAAGCACUGUCCCUGUUACUAAACUAAUAAAGACAUGCUGAACAGAAAAUCUCUUUUAGCCAAUAAACUGCUGACAUACAAAUAACUUAAAAAGUGCCAAGAAUGAAUCUGUUUUGAUAUUGUGAUGCUUUUGUGCUCAGCUUUAUUAGGCUAUCUUCAAAGUUUGAUGUUGGUAAGAGCAUUGAUAUCCUUUGAUUUUAAUAAUAAACCUGUCUUUAUUUUGCA